AUGACAGUGGCGGCAGUGGCGGCGGGGGCGUCGUGGCGAGCGCUGCGGCGGGCGGGCCUGGGCGGGCCUCCCCGCGCCUUCCUGGCGCCUUGGCCCCGCUGCCGGGCCGCCCCGGCCGGGAGGAGGCUGGCCACCAGCGCCGCGGGGCUGCUCGCCGCUCGUAGAUUCACAGACAAGCAUGAAUGGAUAGCCGUUGAGGACAGUAUUGGGACCGUAGGAAUCAGCAAUUUUGCACAGGAGGCGUUAGGAGAUGUUGUCUAUUGUAGUCUUCCAGAAAUUGGAACAAAGUUGAACAAACAGGAUGAGUUUGGUGUUUUGGAAAGCGUGAAGGCUGCUAGCGAACUUUAUUCCCCUCUCACAGGAGAAGUAACAGAAAUUAACACCGCCCUUGCGGAUAAUCCAGGACUCGUCAACAAAUCUUGUUAUCAAGACGGUUGGCUUAUCAAGAUGACUCUGGACAACCCUUCAGAACUUGACGAACUAAUGACUGAAGAUGCAUAUGAGAAAUACAUAAAAUCAAUGGAGGAAUGACCUGAGGGUUAAAAUAAACCAGUAGGAGCCACUUACUUCAGUUUAGAUUGUCCUAAAUUAGCAGUGUACAGAAGGGUCCGGCUGCGAGCAGCUUGUGGAGGAGAUUCUCAAGGAAAAUGUGCUGCCUUUGAAUCAAGUUUAUGCUGAUUUUUUGAACUGGCCAGAAG